AUGGCGCGAAUGCAUAGUUUCUCCACGUCAGCCCUCCCUUCAGCCAUCGUUUCAGCCACGUCGUCCGUCACGUCAGCCAUCACGUCAGCCACGUCAGCCGUCACGUCAGCCACGUCAGCCAUCGCAUCAGCCGUCCCUACGCUCCCUUCAGCCGCGCCAACGGCCCUCUUGUCCGCCAUUCUGACGGCCCUCCCUGCACUCCUGCUCAUCCGCGCGGCGUCAGGACAACCAGACGGCUACCCAAUAAUAGAAUACCCCAACUGCCCGAUUACUGGCCAGCGCCCCGAGAACAUCGAGACGGCUUAUAUCGAGGCGUCUGGUGUCGGACCGGCUAGUAUUGGAGCGGCCGUGUGGCAGCGCCGGUGCACGACGGAAGACAACAUGACGUGCUGCGGGCUGUGCGGGGGAGAGGAGCUCGCGCUGCGAUACAUCCGAUCCAACGUCUCUCUCGCGAUCAGCGCGCUCGGCGCCAACGCCACCGCUGCUGCUCGUAAACUCAUCGACCUCUCCAACCCGCCCUCUGUGAGAGUGGCUCUGGUUGUGGGUGAGCUGGGGCUGCGGGUGAGCUGGGGCUGCGGGCAUGUGAAGCCUUGCAGGGCUAUCCGCUCUGCGCACAUCUGCUCGAAAUGGUCAUGUGCACUGCCGUCUGUGACGCAGGUACCACCAUCUAUCCUCCUCUCUUUCCUCUCCUUCGUCUCUAUCCUGUCCCUCCGUUCCCUCCUCUUUCUCCUAUUUCUCCUCUUAUCCACUCUUGCCCUCAUCUGCUCGAAAUGGUACCGUCUGGGAUGCACGUACCUCCACCUUUCCUCCCACUCCCUCCCUCCUUUCACCUGCCUUUACACGGAAUUCGUGGUGGAAGCAGGUCCCACAAUCACCAUCUGUGACGGGCUUGCAGAGCGGCUCAAGGCGGAAUGUGCGGGAACGCUAUUUGGCCGCAUCACAAUCACCAUGGAUGCAUAUUCCUUCACCACCCAGCUUCUCACAGCGAUAGGCAGAAACCUCUACGGCAUCCCUUCCUUCUCAGCUGUUAUCUCUUUUUCAGGGGGGCCGCCUGCUUCCUUCACGACCAUCCUCUAUUCCUUCCUCCUCUCCCCUCCCUCUCUCCCCCCCCUCCUCUCCCCUCCCUCCUCUCCCAUCCCUCCCUCCACUGCCUUUGUGGCCCACUUACCACCGAUGCCUUCCCCCCCACAAUCAUCUGCUGCCAUCCUUUCAACCUGA